CGCAACCGGCCGCCGCGAGGCCGCGCGCGCGAGCGCCUCAGAGUCAGCCGUGAUGGGACCAGAGACCCGCUCAGAGGACUGGGGGUCAGGAACGGGCGUGAGGAUGAUGACAGCGGUGACGGACUCGAACCAGAACCGGACGCUGAGGUCCACCUGAAACUGUGACGUCACGACCUGCCGUCUUCACUUCCUUCAGCAUCAGCGGCUGGACGUGAAGCUCCAAAACAAGCGGGAACAUUUCCACUUCCUGAUUGAGUUCAAUGAGGAGAGGAAGCUCUGUUACCAUGAGAACGUGGCAGAACCAGAACCAGAACUCUGACUGACGACAGCGGAGCUGCAGAGCGGGAAGCAGAGAAGGCGGGGCUCAGGAGACGCGGGUCAGAGCGGCCAUGGCGAGCAACAACACGUCGAGCAUCGCGCAGGCCAGGAAGCAGGUGGAGCAGCUGAAGAUGGAGGCCAACAUCGACAGGAUAAAGGUGUCCAAAGCGGCAGCAGACCUGAUGUCCUACUGCGAAGCUCACGCCAAAGAGGACCCGCUGCUGUCGCCGGUGCCGGCAUCAGAGAACCCGUUCAGGGAGAAGAAGUUCUUCUGCUCCAUCCUGUAGAGCCGGCGCUGCCCGCCGUCCGUCCGUGAGGAGCUUUGAACGCCAAAGUUCAAAGGGCGCAGAAACCUUCUGGUGGGGGGCAUGAAGGUCACCGGCCUCCUCUUUUGGAUCAGAACGUUCGGAGAGCAAACAACCACAGAUUUAGCAUGUAGUAACCAGACCGAUUCGGGGGGGGGGGUGCUCUGAUGACAUCAUGAGGAGAAACGGCGGGAGACGGACCGCCAGCCGUCUUCAGGUUCUAGAAACUUUAGUGGGAAAUUGAGAAUUUAAAAAGUGGUUCUUUUGGGCCUUUCAGGUGAUCUGUUUCAAGGGUGGGUGGAGCUCCGUAACCAAUCAAGCCACGCCCACCACCUUACGCCACUUGAUUGUAGGAAUGAUGCUUCAGUUGUUGUCCAGUUGUGUUCCCUCCACAGAUGUCCUCUGUAGCCGUACGUGAGCGAAGUCGUUCUUUUCUACACUUUUUUAAGGAGUUUGGAUUCUGUGGUUCUCUGUACACCUGUGUAUCAACACCUACCUGGACCGUGUGAUCAAUGCGUCGUCUCCUUCAGACACAAACCUUCUUUCUACUCUUUGUACUAAACUAGACAGUAAAGUGUGCCGUGCUGUGA